UCAGAAGGAUGUCUGGACGAAGUAAGACGGUUUGCACCGUGCACAAUAACACAUUUAAAUGUUUUCGGAAACCGGUGAUACCAUUUACUAUGACGAAGGUAGAGACUACAGACAUCCCAUACUACAUGGAUCGCAAAGUUCUAAGCGGAAUUUUACAAAGACAAUGUUAUACCGUAUCCUCUAAAUUGGAACUAUACAAAAAUGCAGGGACCCAAACAGAUUAUAGAGACAGCGAAGCUCAAACUGAACCUUGGGAAGCACCAUAUAAAAUUACUCCCGGUCAUAAUCCUGAAGUAUUAACGUUGGCUCAUUUAACUUGGGAGCACGGAUUACCAGCGGGCAUCCAUGAAGUACAUGUCAUUAACAGAUUGCGGAUGAAAAGAGCCUGGGAAGCCAUUUUGCCUCCAAUGGACACACCAGUCAAUAUAAAAAUACGGAAUUCAAUAAUAACAGCCUUAGAAGUAGAUAGAUGGGCCUUUCGAGAGUCGGAGAUCCAGUUCAUAAUGGAUUUACGGUUGAAACUGAUGAGAGACUUCUCGCGAAAUUAUGAUUCUGUAUAUAAGAGGAAACUGCAGAGCCGUUUCUGCAGGCUUCAAGACAGGCUGAGGAAACGUCGAGAUAAUCAAGUCAAUAGUAUCAGGCACAAUCUUGAACGAGACUUGCGAAAAUUAUGCAGAAAGCAGUGUGACAGACAAAAACCGUUCAAACUCGAUAUAAUCGAACAGCAUUCCGAUCCCAAAUUCGAUUUGUACGCGCCGCAAUUGCGUUUCGGGAGAUGUGCCCGAAGACGACACGAAAUGUUGCGGAAGCAAUUUUUGAGUGAAGAUUAUAUCGAACAAGAAGAAGUAGAUACAACGCUCAGUUGGUUGCCACUUAUCGAAGAACCGAAAGUGAUUAAACGCGAGUCGUCUAAAUCGCUGGAUAUCUGCAUCAGAGAGACGAGAUGGACAGAAGAGACACUAAAACAGCUUCAUUCCGACCUGAAAGCCAUUCGAUUAAAUGUAAAAUCUGUAGAUGAAGCUCCACGGCUGAUGAAGCGUAAAUAUAAACGAUCGGUUCUGCCGAUUACACCUCGCAAAUCAGGUGCAUGGGACAGCAAACAGAAGCAACGAGAGGAAUCCGCCAUAUUCAUUCAGAGAACCGUUAGGGGUAGAGCGGUGCAGUGUCUGAUGUACGAAGGACGCGAUAGAUGUAGGAAAUUGAUCGAAGAAUUACAGUCGAACCAGACCUCUGAUCAGGAUGAUCAACAAGAACUUUCUGAUGAAGUGAUAUGCGCUGUCGAAGCGCAGCGACUACAAGAGAACAAAUCUAUGCAGGAGGAUCGCCUGUGCGAGAUUCUAAACUCUUUGGAAGGAAAGACGAUCUGCGGGAUAUUGGAUCUCCUUAGCAAGGAAUUGAUGAGAUUAAAGAAUGAACGUAAAGCUCAUGCUUUCGCUUUACUCGCUGAAAGAGAGAGGAGCAUGAGAGAAGCUGCCGAAGCUGGUACACGGCAAAUGGAGCGUAAUCGCCGACGAGAAUUCGAUGAAAUGUUCAAACAGAUUGUGAAAGUGAAUCAGGACUCGGUGGAAGCUUAUUUGGAAGAUAUCGUAGAGGAAGGCGUUGACUGGAUAUCUGAAAAGAUAGCUAAAGAGCAUAUCUUAGAAUUUUGUGAUAAAAUAGAUGAUGUGUCAAAAUAUGCUUCAGAAACUGCGGAUGACUUAGCAGAGGAAGAAUUGAUAACGGAUAUGAUUUAUAAUUCCGUUCUAUCCGAAGUGGAGAAAGAUGACAUAAGAAGAAAAGUUCGCGAUCAACAAGAAAGUUAUAUGCAACAUGCGCACGAAUCAAUUUACGAAAAAAUUUUGACUGUAUCAAGCGUUAAAUCGUCACGAGUAACAGAUCGAGAGACUUUUAUUAAAUGUGAGGAUACGCAAAUGAUUGAUGCGGAUGACACGGAACAUAAUAUCGGAAUGGAUGAACCACCGACUGAUCCAUCACCAAAGAUAAAAAACGAAAAAAAUUGAAGACAUUUACAAACUAUAGAGAAUGCAUAUAAUAUUCGAAAUAAAAUUUACGCCUCUUUCUCACGGUUAGAUGUCUCGACGCCAAAGAGAUUUUCCAAUCGAUUGAAAAUGAACCGCGAUAAGCUGUUUUUCCGACAUGUGCUUCUUUACUACUUCGAUCUCAAGAAAACCGUAGCAGAAACGCAUCGCCUAUUAUCCGAAGUGUAUGGUGAUGAAACUCCAUCGGAAAGAACAUGUAGAGUUUGGUUUGAACGCUUUCGAAACAGUGAGAUCGAUUUUGACAUGAGAGACAAAGAACGUUCCGGAUAGCCAAAAAAAUGUGAAGAUGUUGAGCAGCAAGAAUUACUUGAUGAGGAUCCAGCUCAAAUGCUUUUAGAGUUGUUGAAAGCGUUAAAUGUUACUCCAAUGGCCGUCUCAAAACACUUGCAUGCCAUGAGAAAAAUUCAUAAGGGAUAUAUGGCUACUAUAUGAGUUGCCAGAAAAUACCAUUUUGAAUCGUUUGUCUAUCACGACUUCUUUGCUUGCCAGGCAAAGAUAAAAAGAGUUUUGUUGUGACGUAUCGUGACUGGCGAUGCAAAAUGGAUUUAUUUUGAUAAUCUCAAGCGGAGAAAAUCAUGAGUAGACUCCGGCCAACCAUUUUAAUGCUGAAAAGGAAUAUUCACAGGCAUAAGACCCUACUCUGCAUCAGGAGAGUAUGCUGUAUUAAGAGCUCUUGCGUCCAAAUGAAACCGUUACAGCUGAUCAAUACGACAGCAGGCUGAUAUCAAAUCAAUUAUGUUGACUGAGUGACGAGUUGAUGCAAAAAAGACCAUCCGUAGCCAAUAAUCGACUCAAAGUCAUUCUUUUGCAUGAGGACGCUCGACCGCGUGUUGCGAAAAGCGUGAAGCACUUCUAGAGAGAAGCACGUCAGACACUUCUAGAGUUUGAAUGGGAAAUCCUCCCGCAUCCAGCAUAUUCUUCAGACUUGGCACCGUCGGAUUACUAUCUCUUCCGGUUGAUGCAACACGCAUUUACGGACACACACUUCUUCAGUUACGAAGAAGUCCAAAAAUGGGUGGAUGAAUGGAUUGCCUCUGACACUGCGUUCUACUGUCGUAGGAUUGCCUUGUUGCCAGAGAGAUGGGAAAAAGUAAUAGAAAAUGGAGGAAAUUACUUUGAUUAAGAUUCAUUCAUCUUCCUUUCGAAACAAAUCAAUUUUGUAGACGAAAAAACGAUAGGAAUUAAGUUUACCACCUAACACAUAGGUUGCUCCAAAAUUUUCCGCAAAAUGACAGUAGGCAUCGUGUCACAUCAAAAUUGUUGAUAAGUUCUUUUAAUUUCACACGUUUAAUGAUACUUAGUCUUUUGAUACAUCAAAAAAUAUUCAUUCGUUCAACCAUGAAACGUGUUCAAAGUUGAUGCUUUCGAAUAAAAUGAAUUUAUCACAAAAAUAUUUUCGUGCGAUAAUUUUUACGACUUUAAGAAAUUGUUAACUUCGUUACAGUACGUCGAAAGUCUUUGUUCAGUUUUUGGUGAUAAAGUAUCAUCCCAAAAAAUUAUUUAUAAGUGGCCACCCGAAUUUCAAGCGCGGUCGAAGAGAUCAAUGAUCAAUUCCGUGAAAGUCAUCUUGCCACGAUGGUUAGAGAACAUCCAAAAAACGUCAAUAUUAUGUGCAAAUUAUUACAGGAAGACCAUUACACGACCUAUAGAAAAAUUAAAACAUUCCUGAUAUGACUCAAAUCAUGAAAUCAAAACAAUUCUACUUGAUUAUUUCAGCGAUUAUCAGAAAGUGUUGGAUAUAGCACAUUUUAAGCCUAGAAAAAAGGCGUGUCAAAUGGAGCAAAAAUAUAAUUACGGUCGACUAAAGCAGUAUACGAUAUAACAGAUGACAAAUCGUGGAUUUACCGCUAUGAACUGGAGAGUAAGCGACAACUGAAUAUGUGGGUUUUCUCAGACGAGCCACGUCCAACAAAAGUGAAAUGCGGCCGAAGUGUUGGUCUGGCAAAAUUUUCUCAUCAAAAUGCUCCAUAGCCAUACUACUUAUAUCUCGCAACUCUUGAAGUAUCUCAUGUGCUCGAGGAGGUGUCUUUGUAUCACGGAUUAAUCGAAGGACACGAAAAAUUUCAUCAAUUACCUG